CGAUAAUGUUUUAAACAAAACGGAAGUGACGUUUUCACAAAAUGUGUUGGGUAGACAGCACGGAAGUUCUGCAACGCUGGUCGGACUGAUGAACUAAUAGAAGUUGGUAUUCAUGCCGCUGUAGGAGGUGUGAGCAAGUGGCUGUGAUGAUCCGAACAACCCUGCCUAGAUGACUUCUGGUGACCCCAGCCUCAACAGACCCUCUGCGCUCUUUCUGGCCCUAUGUUGUGCGGCUGCAGUAACAUCAUGUUCCGCACAUCUCCUACUUCAGACUGUCAACAGCGACAUUGGCGCAGAGAACUACACCUACUACCGCCUCAACCGCCCCGGUACAAUUAUUCUUCAAUUAGAGAGCAUCCAAGGUGACGCUGACCUUUUUGUCUCCGAUGUCACGCUGAAUCCAACCUUCGAUGAUUAUGAAGCUCAAUCUGUCACUUGUGGCCUUGACAUUGUGGAGAUUCCAUAUUACUACUCUCGCCCAGUUGGGGUUGCCAUAUACGGGCAUAUAUCAUAUGAACUCUCACAAUAUAAACUUGAAAUCCUACUUGUUUCGGAGGAAAAUGAAGGAUCAUAUGAACAUCUGAAUGCAGAAGGUGCUAGCGAUGAUUAUGGCUCAGAGUAUAGUUUCGAGAAGAGAGUUCCCCCUCAUUUCCCAAAAGAUGUAGAAGAGGAGGAAUCACCAUGGUGGACUUUACUUGUUGGCAUUCUUAAAAUUAUUGUGGAAGUCCUAAUGUGAAUGUCAGAAUGUCUAAACUAAAUUCAAUGGUUGCCUGAAAUUGCAUGUCAGACAGGUCAUAAUGGUUCAUUAAGCAGAAAAAUAUAAUUUUAUAACAAAUAUUAUUUUAUUUUGUGAAAAUGUAUCUCUGACUCUUGUUUUGAAGAUUCAAGUGAUUUGAUAUUCAACUAUUCUUAAUUACUAUGUACUGUUAAUGUUGAGAGAUCAUGUUUACUAAUGUGAAAAUGAAUUUACUAUCACUGCAAGAUUGUCCCUAGGUUACAUGAUUGCACCAUGUUCCCAAUCCUUUACAGAAAGAGGGGUAAAACAUCUGCUCUAUGGUGUAUGGGAAAUAUCAAGUCAAAUACUGAUUAAUUUGUCCGAGGUUAAUAUUUCACAAAGUAAAGGCAUAUGUGAGAAUUAUUUUUUGUUUUUGACUACCCAAAAGUUAGUUCUUUAAAUGUUUUUUCCAUUUGGACAUGAGUCAAAUUUACUGUCACUUGGGCAAAUUAUUUUCCGCUGAUUGUCUCAGAAUGGGGAAUGUUGUUAUGACAACUGUUCUCAAGUGUGGUGUCUAGCAGUGGCCUUCCAUCAUGUUAAUAUUACCUUGACCUCACUUCAAAUUGCAGGUUCUUUUUUAUAGCCUGUCUAGACAUCAGCAGGGUUAGAAAUUGGCACUAGUGCUAUAGUCCUUGCCAAACUGCCCAAUAGUAAAGGUAUCCUAAGGACUAGUAGAAUUUUGACAUUUUUAAAGGUUCUGCUAUAUGCUAUCAUUAUAAGGACUAGUGGACUGAAACUGUUAGUUUCUACCGCUGCAAUGAUCAGUUCCCCUGGAUGACCUUUUGAGGUUUUUCACACACUGCCAGUUCAAAUUUAAGACAGAUUGAAUCUGUUUGAGGAUAGCAAUGUAAUCCUGUAAAUGGUGGCUUGAAUUAAAUGACAGGUGUAGUGUGUGAUGACUAGGUGUUGUGACCAUGAUGUCGCUUAGAGCGAUGCCAUUCCAUUUUUGUGAUGUCACAAUGCAAUGACCCUCUGACAAGCACUAAGACUGAAAUAGCCUUGUAACUUUUCUACCAUUACUUAUUUUAUGUGCUGAUGACAUACCGGUACAUGUGUUUUUAUGUCAUUGGCAUAUUCUAUGGAUAGUUUGCUUUGUUAAAUGACAAAUAUGAUGAGAAGAGCUGUUACUAUUUUUUUCACUUUCCCGAUGAGUAUAUAAGCCCAAAUGGAAUGAACAUUUUAGUUGACUAAAGUAGGGUUAUAACAUUCUGAAACCUCAUCCAGCAUGUGAGUGUGUCUAACUCUAACACUGCUGUUGGACGCACAAGAAACAGCAAUAAUGCAGACAUAGUUUGUUUGUUUGUUGUUUAAUGGCGCAUUCAGCAAUAUUUCAGCUAUAUGAUGGCAGUCUGUAAAUAAUCAAUUCUGGACCAGACAAUCCAGUAAUUAACAUCAAGAGAAUUGAUCUACGCAAUGGGGAUACGAUGACAUGCAUCAACUAAGUCUGCGAGCCUGACCACACAAUUCCGUUAAUCGCCUCUUACGACAAGCAUGGGUUGCUGAAGACCAAUUCUUACCUGGAUCUUCAUGGGUCUGCAGACAUAGUGAAGGCUGGGCCUUUAGUAUGACAUGUUGUAGGUGAUUUUUUUCUUUAUUACUUUUUGCAUCCUAUUUGUGUAUGAUUUGCCACAUGUAGUAAUGCAAGAUGUUAAGGGUUAUCAAACAAUUACACAAGCCUAGAGGCAUCCUUGCUCAUGUAUUGAGAUUUGAAACUAACCACUUGCUUUGUAUCUGUAGGUGUCGCAAAUAGAACAAACUGUCUGACAUGUAUACAUUGUGAAUGUGUACAAGUGCUUCAGACUGAGCUGGAACCUUAGUUUUUGAAACAACUUCUUUGAAGCCGUCUGUCUUCCCUUGCUAUACAUUUCUGAAACCAGGCCAAUACUCUCCCGAGCAAUUGGGUUACUUGACCUUUAGUAUGUUUAGUAUUCACAGUAUUCUGAAGCACUGGGAAUGGCCUCUGUAAUUAUAAUCAUGUGUUUUAAUGAGAUGUUGUGUGUUGAAUCCCCCAAAUAAAUGAAGAAUUAUGAUUUACUGUAUGUAAGUUAUGGUCAGUCAGCCAGCCAGUGGGUAAUCAGAAAGUUUGAUACACAAGUCAUGUGAUCCUGGGACAGACUUGGUGUAUUCUUGUGUUGCUAUUUUGAAAUUCAACGGAGAUGUGAGAUUUUGUAUCCAUACAGUUUUCCAUGUAUUGAUUAAAAUGAUUUUAUUAUCA